UGACUGCUGGAAAGGUCUAACCGUACCAAGUUCUCUUUGCUUUCCUUUUCCUUUUCCUUUUCCUUUCUCAAUUCUGGUUGAAAGAGCAAGCUGAAGAAGAAGCUCAAACGUGGUGGCCGUAGCUAUAGCCUUACGUAUAUAGCUUUGUGAUCACGGAACCGAAGCGCCAGAUCAAUGGCUCUCGACGUCGAAGCUGCACCAGCGGCGGAGUUGGCGCUUGCUGAUACCGACAUCAACUGGAACAGGUUGGACAAGACAAAGUUUCAUAUAAUUGGGGCAAUACUCUUUACGGCUCAGUCAGCCUUGUUACAUCCAACAGCAGUUGUAAAAACUAGAAUGCAAGUUGCUGGAUCUGGUCUAUCUCACAUGCGUGGACUGUCAGUUUUCUGGACUAUAUUGAAGUCUGAUGGAAUCUCUGGCUUGUAUAGAGGUUUUGGUACUUCAGCGCUUGGAUCAUUACCUGGUAGAGUACUGGCUUUAACAUCACUAGAAGUAUCAAAAGACAUCAUGUUGAAAUAUACUGGAAACCUGGAAAUGCCUGAAGCAACACGUGUUGGUCUUGCUAAUGGAGUGGCAGGCAUGAUCUCAAAUUUAGUUUCAUGCAUAUACUAUGUACCAUUGGACGUGACUUGCCAGAGGCUGAUGGUUCAAGGGCUUCCUGGAACUACCUUCUGCAAUGGCCCACUUGAUGUUGUCAAAAAAGUGAUGAAGGCUGAAGGAUUUCGUGGUUUAUAUAGGGGUUUUGGAUUAACGGCUGUAACUCAGUCGCCAGCAUCUGCUCUCUGGUGGGGUGUUUAUGGUGCUGCUCAGCAUAUUAUCUGGAGGAGCUUAGGAUAUCGAGAUAGCAUGGAGAAGAAACCUUCUCACAUGGAGAUGGUGACGGUUCAGGCCACAGCAGGAAUGGUGGCAGGUGCUUGUUCCUCUGUGAUUACAACUCCCGUAGACACAGUAAAGACGCGACUUCAGGUCAUCGAUAACUAUGGAAUUGGAAGACCAUCCGUGCUCAAGACUUCAAGAGCACUUCUCAAGGAAGAUGGAUGGUUGGGAUUUUAUAGAGGCUUUGGACCUCGGUUUUUGAAUAUGUCUCUUUAUGGAACCACGAUGAUAGUCACUUAUGAACUGAUCAAGAGACUUUCGUUAAGGACAUCGUGACAUCUUGAACGGGAGGACAUGCGGGACAUUUAGAAUGAAUAGAACAGUAAGCCAGCAGCUUAAUGUUUUUUUGGUUCUUCUUUCCCUCUUUUUUGGAGGUUGGGGGUUGUGAGCAGCAGAAGAAACAUAGAAGCAUCUCAUUGAUACAGGAUGGAACUAAACUAGCAGUAGUAGAAACGUAGAUCAUUUCAUUUUUCCCUUCUGUAAACUGAAACAGAGGUGUCCCUUUUAACAAUUUUAAAAUCGCCUAUAUUGAUUUCAUUUCGUUAGAAUUGUAUUCAUGAACUAAUGAAAAGAUGAAUGAUGAUUUGUAGGAA